AUGGCUAUGUUUGAAGUAUUAAGAAAAGAAUAUAGUGAUUAUUUACAACAGUGUUUUAAAGUGUCAGAUAUACAGACAUUUCAAAAGAAAUGUAUAGAACGUUGUUCAAAUGAUAAUGAUAGGAAAGCAGCAAUCGACCAAGCAUUAAGGGAUACUCUUCUUGUAAUAUUAUCUGAAAAUGUAUCAAGUAAUGUGCAAUUACUUGAGACUUACAUUACAUUCUGCAUUGAAUUAUGCAGAAAAGAUUUAGCAACUGCAAGUAUGCCAGUGAUGCUACUUGGUGACAUUUUUGAUUCUAUGACCCUUGACAGAUGUGAACAGCUUUUUACUUUUGUUGAAAACAAUGUGGUUGUGUGGAAAGAGGAUUUGUUCUUUAGUGCUUGUAAAAACAAUUUAUUAAGGAUGUGCAAUGAUUUACUUAGAAGAUUAUCUAGAUCACAACAAACUGUAUUUUGUGGAAGAAUUCUCUUAUUUUUAGCUAAAUUUUUUCCUUUUUCCGAGAGAUCUGGUCUUAAUAUUGUUAGUGAGUUUAAUUUGGACAAUUUCACAGAAUUUGGUUCUGAAAAAUCUGAGGGAGAUGAUAUGGAACAAAUAACUAAAGAUGAUGAUAAAUCAGAAACUAAAGUGCCAAUUGAUUAUAAUUUAUAUAGAAAAUUUUGGGCACUGCAAGAUUUUUUUAGAAAUCCUAAUCAGUGUUAUAGUAAAAUGCACUGGAAAGUAUUUUCAGCACAUGCUUCAAGUGUGCUAUCAGCAUUUUCAUCUUUCAAAUUGGAAGAACAACGCAAUUAUCCUUCAACAUGUAUUAAAAUUGAUUCUUCCAUUGAAGGAUCUCAUAAAGAAACCCCUUAUUUUGCUAAAUAUUUGACAAAUCAGAAAUUAUUGGAGCUACAAUUAUCUGAUUCAAAUUUUAGGCGAUAUGUAUUGCUGCAGUUUCUCAUUCUUUUCCAAUAUCUUAAUAGCACUGUUAAAUUUAAAGCUGAAACACAUGAAUUGAAGCCUGACCAAGUAGAUUGGGUGAAAGCAACUACGGAGCAAGUGUAUGCUUUACUGACAGAAACUCCUCCUGAUGGUUCAACAUUUGCUGAAACUGUUAAAAAUAUAUUGAAACGUGAAGAGCAUUGGAAUGCUUGGAAAAAUGAGGGAUGUCCGCCAUUCAAAAAACCAGCUUCAGAGUCUAAUAUUGACAUAGAAGAAUUAAAGAAAGCAAAGAGACCAAGACGUAGAAUUGGAGAUGUUAUUAGAGAUGCUCAAGCAAUUGGAAAGUACCAUAUGGGGAAUCCAGAACUCACAAAAUUAUGGAAUCUGUGUCCCAAUAAUCUUGAAGCAUGUAAAUCCAAGGAUAGAGAUUUUCUUCCAUCUUUAGAAACAUACUUUGAAGAAGCUAUUGUGCAAUUAGAUCCUAAUGCAAUGGUAGAAGAUGAAUACAAAAAAGUAAAUGAUGGGAACUUUGGUUGGAGGGCAUUGAGAUUAUUAGCUAGACGUAGUCCCCAUUUUUUUGUUCAUGGGAAUUAUCCUAUUAAUAAACUUCCUGAAUAUCUCGAAACAAUGAUUAAAAAAAUUGCUAAAGAUCGUCCACAGACACAGUCGGAUACAAAGUUAGAAACGGAAGAAACUCCACCACAGGAAGCUAAUGAUCAAGAAUUUAAUGAAGAUGUCCUAAAGCAAGAAAGUGAACAAGUUGAAGUCGAAAAUACAGAUUCCAAAGGACGAAAAUUAACGAAAGUAACCCCUGAAAUGGUGGCGAAACUGUCAGAAAUUUUGAAAAAUGAUUGGAAAAAAUUAGCAGCUAAGUUUGGUUACACAAGUGAUGAGAUUACGUUUUUCCAAGGAAAACCAACACCAUAUGAGCAAUGUAAAAAUAUGUUGGAAAUUUGGGCAGAAGAAGAUGUAGAUGCGUCGAUGGAAAAUUUAGCAUAUAUUUUAGAAGGUUUAAAAUUUACGGAAGCAUUAGCUAUUUUAAAAUCUUAA